AUGCGCUCUGCAGUAACCCCGCUGCGACGCUCCGGCAAACUAACAGUUCAAGAGCGUGCUCCAUUAGAGCACCCCACUCCCCCCCGCCCGUCGUGCACGGCUACCACCACAAGUCUGCAGGAGGUUUUAGAUGAACAUAGGCUCAGUCUGAGGAGGAGAUGUGAACGUGUGACUGAAGGAACUGGUGAAAGUGAAACCCUCCUCAACAGGAUCUUCACUGAGCUCUACAUCACACAAGGCCAGAGUGAAGAGGUUAAUACCCAACAUGAGGUGAGGCAGCUGGAGACAGCUUCCAAGAAAAAUGCCCUCCAUUACUCUCCAAUCAAGUGCCAGGACAUCUUUAAAGCCUCACCUGACCAACAGACUCUCAUCAGAGCGGUCCUGACCAACGGAGUCGCUGGAGUUGGAAAAACCUUCUCAGUGCAGAAGUUCACUCUGGACUGGGCCGAGGGUUUGGAAAACCAAGAUGUCAGUCUGGUGAUCCCGCUCUCCUUCAGGGAGCUGAACCUGAUCAAAGGUGAGCAGUACAGUCUUCUCAGGCUGCUCCAUGUUUUCCAUCCAACCUUACAGAAGGUCACAGCAGAGCAGCUGGCUGUCUGCAAAGUGCUGCUCAUCUUUGACGGCCUGGAUGAAAGCAGACUUUCUCUGGACUUCAGAAACAAUGAGGUUGUGUCUGAUGUCUCUCAGCAGUCCUCAGUCAACGUGCUGCUGACAAACCUCAUCAGGGGGAAGCUGCUUCCCUCGGCUCUCGUCUGGAUAACUUCCAGACCUGCAGCGGCCAAUCAGAUCCCUCCUGAGUGUGUGGACAGGGUAACAGAAGUACGAGGCUUCACUGACGCCCAGAAGGAGGAGUACUUCAGGAGGAGAUCGAGUGAUGAAGAUCAGUCCAGCAGAAUCAUCUCUCACAUCAAGAGCUCCAGGAGCCUCCACAUCAUGUGCAUGAUCCCAGUCUUCUGCUGGAUCACUGCUGCAGUUCUGGACCACAUGUGGACUACAGACCAGAGAGGAGAGCUGCCCAAGACCCUCACUGACAUGUACUCACACUUCCUGCUGGUCCAGACCAAGAGGAAGAAGCAGAAGUAUGAAGAGGGACAUGAGACGAGUCCACAGCAGCUGACGGAGGCUGACAGGGAGCUUCUUCUGAAGCUGGGGAGGCUGGCGUUUGAACAUCUGGAGAAAGGACACAUCAUGUUCUACCAAGAAGACCUGCAGCGCUGUGGUCUUGGUGUCACCGAGGCCUUGGUGCACUCAGGAGUUUGUACAGAGAUCUUCAAACGAGAGAGAGUUAUCUUCAAGAAAACAGUCUACUGCUUUGUUCAUCUGAGCAUUCAGGAGUUUCUGGCUGCAGUCUACAUGUUGCACUGUUACACCAACAGAGACACAGAGGUACUGAAGGACUUCCUGCAGAGAGACUGGGACGAUGGCAACAGUGAUAGCAGUGAUCAGGAUCACCCAUCCCUGCAGAGUGACUAUAACAACAUGUUUAACAGUGAUCAGGAGUACCCAUCCCUGGAUGUCUUCCUAAAGAGAGCCAUGAUGAAAUCACUCAGAAGUAAAAAUGGCCACCUGGACCUGUUUGUCCGCUUCCUCCACGGCCUCUUUCUGGAGUCCAACCAGAGACUCUUAGGAGGCCUGCUGGGUCGCACAGACAACAGACCAGAAAUCAUCCAGAGAUCCAUCAGCAACCUGAAGAAGAUGAGAAGUGAUGAAGUCUAUCCUCACAGGAGCAUCAACAUCCUCCACUGUCUGACAGAGAUGAAGGACCACUCAGUACAUCAGGAGAUCACAGAGUUCCUGAAGUCAGAGAACAGAUCAGAGAAGAGACUCUCUGUGAAACGCUGCAGAGCUCUGGCCUACAGGCUGCAGAUGUCAGAGGAGGUUCUGGAUGAGUUGGACCUGGAGAAGUCCAAAACAUCAGAGGAGGGACGACGGAGACUGAUUCCAGCUGUGAGGAACUGCAGGAAGGCUGUAAUUCCUGACAGUGGAUUCUUAGACUGGGAAGUCGUGGCCUCAGCUCUGAAGUCCGACCCCUCCGAUCUGAGAGAGCUGAAGCUGGGAGUAUAUCUGCAGGAUUCAGAGGUGGAGCAGCUGAGUUCUGGACUAAAGAGUCCAAACUGUAGACUGAAGACUCUGAGACUGAGUGGCUGCAGUUUGUCAGAGAUCAGCUGUUCUGCUCUGAUCUCAGCUCUGAAGUCCAACAUCCAUCUGAGACAUCUGGACCUGAGUCUCAACGAUCUGAAGGAUUCAGGAGUGGAGCUGCUGAGAGAUCUUCUGGAGAGUCCAGACUGCAGACUGGAGACUCUCAGACUGAGGCGCUGCAGUUUGUCAGAGAUCAGCUGUUCUGCUCUGGCCUCAGCUCUGAAGUCCAACAUCCAUCUGAGAGAUCUGGACCUGAGUGGCAACGAUCUGAAGGAUUCAGGAGUGGAGCUGCUGAGAGAUCUUCCGGAGAGCCCAGACUGCAGACUGGAGACUCUCAGGUCAGUAAGGGGUCGACUCAGUCUCUGCUGGUUCAGCAGGAUUGUAUUGAACACAGGGAGGUGGAUGUGUUCCUCUCACUGGGGAAUCUCUCCAGUUCCACCUUCCAGGCAUCCCUACAGGAUCAGAUAUCAUGAGACGAUCAGAUCCACGAUCCAGAAGACCUGUGACUCCGAUGUGGAACAGGAAGUGAAGACAGACACAAAGGCUCCUGAAUCCUUCUCACCCGAACACACACCUGAGUCUUCAUACAGGUUCAGGUGUCCUGGUCCAGGUGAGUUCCAGUGUGCUUCGACUGGCCUGGUGUUCGUCAUGGCUCAGGAGGCGGAGCUUCUGUACAGGACGGUCCCUUGGGAUGAGAAUCUCCUCCAAUCAGCUGGCAAGCAGGCAGCAGGGCCGCUGUUCGACGUGAAGAGUUCUAAUGAAGCUGCCGUCUGCCAGCUCCACCUGCCGCACAGUGAGACAGAGGAUGCGCUGCUCCUGGACGGCCUGUUGUCUGUCGUCCACAUCACUGAUGAAGGCCUGAGCAUCUUGGAGCCGCUGGAAGUCACACCCACUCACGUGGUGGUGAAGGUGCUUCACCUCUCUUCCUUUGGCCUGAUCCUUAACAUCAAUACAAUGAAAAGGCUUCUAAAGUGGCGAAUAAAGGGCCAAAUUCUGCUGUUCCUUCAACCCCCGGGCAGAGUGGAACAAAUACUGGAUGUACAUCUGCUGCAGAACAACGUCCUUGAGGAGGAGGUUGUUCAAAAACACAGACGUGCUGUGAACAUCCCAAUCUCCUCCGACUGUGAGCUGGACAUUGAUCACAGUUACAGUGUGCACUGUGAACCUGAGGGCUUCUUCAUACAGCCUGAGAGUAAAACAUUUGAUUCCAGGUUUGGACCAAACUACCACCCGACAUUUCAAGUUACCCUGACGACGAGCACAGAGAGAGUGGCUUUGAAGGUCCAGGACCAAGGUGGAAAUGUAGUCUGGAGUUAUCGCGUGUCACUGGAAGUUCCAAGGAAGGAAUUGUCCCAGAGGAAUGUCCUAGCAUGGAGCAGAGUCCGAGAAGACCAGAGGCUGUUCUCAGUUCGGACAGAGUUCAAAGAAAGAGUGUCUCCACCUCUCCUGAAGGACCUUCUGGAUAAACUCCUUGAGUCUGGAGUUAUCAGUGAAUCUGAAAUGGAGUCAGCCAGAACCAAAUCCCGAAAUGACGGAGCACUUGAGGUGCUGGACGUGGUGCGAAAAAAAGGAGCUGCAGCCAGCAGGGUUCUGAUCAAUGCUCUCCGUGAGCUGGACCCGUAUCUUUACGAAGAGCUCAACUUGAGCUGAGGCAAAACCUUGUGGAGUGUGUGUGACAGUUGAAGUCUAGUCCUCUGUUUUGAUACCUGUACAUUUUCCCCCUUGUCCUUGAAGGUAACACAGAUUCUGAGCGAAGGCCACUUUCCUUCUCUCUUUUCUCCUGGACUCCCUCCUGAGAGCAGCUACCCGUAUUGGCCUUCCUUUGGUAUUAUCUUGAGUUUUUUUUCAAGUACAUGCUUACUUUAUUACAUAAAAUACUUGAAUUUACCAGCA